GAUAUUAUUAGUGGUAGGAGUAGGAGAGUGGAUAAUUAUGAACUAGUCCACUGCUUCCAAAUUAAUAGUCGUUCCAAUAGGAGCAAAGAAGAAGAAGAAGAAGAAGAAAAACUGUGCUGGGAUUUGAUAGAAUCAGUGUUGGGAUUGAGCUGAAGAAAAAAAGGGAAAUGGCAAAUUUGUAUGUAAAGGCAGUGCCACCGGCGGAUCUGAACCGGAAUACAGACUGGUUUAUGUACCCAGGAGUAUGGACCACCUAUAUACUCAUCCUCUUCUUCUCAUGGCUUCUUGUUCUUUCCCUUUUUGGCUGCUCUCCUGGCAUCGCCUGGACCGUCGUCAAUCUCGGUCACUUUCUUGUUACAUAUCACUUCUUUCAUUGGAAGAAAGGAACCCCUUUUGCUGAUGACCAGGGAAUGUACAAUCAAUUGACCUGGUGGGAGCAAAUUGACAAUGGGAAACAGCUCACUCGUAACAGGAAAUUCUUAACUGUUGUGCCUGUUGUGCUGUAUUUGAUAGCCUCACAUACAACUGAUUACCAACAUCCAAUGCUCUUCUUCAAUACCAUUGCUGUGAUGGUGCUGGUUAUUGCCAAGUUCCCCAAUAUGCACAAGGUCCGAAUCUUCGGAAUUAAUGAGGAUCCAUGAAUGGUUCUUUUUUAUUUUCAGUUUGUUGUUUUUCAAGAUCUAAGCUUUCUGCUGUUCUGCGUAAAGCUCGUCUCUGUAUAGAAGUCAGGACCAGGAAAGAGUACUUUGCUUCUUUAGUGCUAAUGUUUUUCACAGGUGCUUCUCUAGAUAUACUGAAGCAAUAAAUGUAACAAGUUUUCUGUACAGUGUAAUUUUACCUUGUACUGUUACAUGAGAAUACUAUAAUUAGUUCAAUCCAUGUUACUAUAAUGUUUGUAGUCUGUAAA